AUGCAAGCCCCCCUCACAGACGAUCGUCCCCUUCAACGUCCAAGAUGUUGGCCUGAUCCAUUGCGAUUAUCACGUAACGACAGUCAGAUUCAUCGCAAUUUGCCAACGAAAACCCAUAAGAUAAUCGUAGUGAAUAAGGAUAUAAGGACACGUCCACCAUCGUCGAAGGAGAAGAAAAGAAAGGACGUUUUGGAUUCUGUUCUGGAUAAGUUGAAACAAUCAACGGAUGAGGGGGAGAUUAAGAACGGUAUUGAUGUGGUUGAAGUCCUCGUCCUCGAGUCCUUCUCUUAUCUUAACAGAUAA